AUGACUUACAAUCUUCAGCUCGAACUAGAUAAUAACAUGAUAGAUAUCACAAUUAAGAUUGUAAGCGAGAACGAAAUGAGAGUAGAAGCAAAUGAUCCAAUUAACUAUCACAGAUGGCAAUCAACUUUCGAUUAUAAUUAUUUUAGUUUGUUAGCGCAGCAGACAAUCCUCAAAGACCCAAGAGCUUGCUCAAAAAUUGUUUAUGAUUCCCUUAAAUUGAAAAAGGGUUGCGAAAUCAAACUAACAUAUGUAAAAGAUGUUACACAAAAAAACGAUGUUGGAAGUGAAUUGCUUCUUAUAUUUAGUAUCAACAUAAUGGUUAAAAUAGCUUUACCCUUCAAGCUUGAACCAAAGCCCUACUCUACACAAGAAUUAGUUGAUAUAAUCAAAGAUCUAAAGAAAACACAAGGUCCCAGACUUGACAUAGAAAAUCAAUUGAUACAAAAACAACUUUAUGAACAAUCUCAAGCAUUUUUUGCUGAAAAACAAGAUUUGAUUCAACAAAUUCAAAUGUUACAGGAUGAAAACGAAAAGUUGAAGGAAGAUCUAUCUAAGAAGGAAAGGAUUAUUAAAUCUCUUCAAGAAACUUCUCAUUCUAAAAUUCAACAAUCUUCAUAUGAUCGCCGAGCACCUAGCCCUCACUCUAGUAGUAUUGCUGAACGUCAAACUGUAUCUCCACGUACCAGACAAACUUCUGGACCAUAUAAAACAGUUCGCUCUGGAUCAUCUAAUUCAAGAAACGCAUCUGCUAAAAAUUCAAGAAAUGCUUCUGCCAGAAGUUCAUCUAUUUCAUCCAGGAAUAAUUCUGCUUUUAAUUCUCGUAAUUCCUCUAGAAACAGCUCUGUUCAAAGCUCUAGGAGAAAUUCAGUAGCAAGUUCUUCGAAUAAUUCAAGAAGUUCAUCAGUGAGGUCUUCUAGAAAUUCAUCCGCUAGAUCAUCAAGAGGUUCCACUCCAACACGUACUAUAAUACAUCAUAUAGAAGUGAACAUAUUCCUCUGA